AUGUACUCUGGCCUACUGAAAGCGCCAUCACGUCCUCACACGCCGCUGUCCGCCAGACUGCGCGGCGUGGGUGGUGCUGGUGGCUCUCAGUCCGGCGCACCUCCCGCGGCCGAGCCCGACUCCAACAUCGAGGACGAUCCCCAGAUUCAGAAGUUCCGUCAACUAUACGACCAGACUGAGUCGCGCAUUGCCAGUCUGUUUGACAGUGUCGGGGAUGUCAUCAAGAGUGUCAAGAAACUUGCUAUUGCGCCCAAGUCGCAGAAUAUCGAUAUAGAGAAGAGCAACAAGGUCCAGAUCAUUGCCGACGUUGCCACGUCGUCGCCCAUCGCGCGUCCUGUCAUCAACUCCCGACGUUCCUCCGACAGUGGCCGGAUACCACCGAAACCUCUUCCACCUGCCAAGGAGAACCCAGAGGAUGCGCGGAAGAAGUUAGAGGCCGCGAAGCGCCUCGAGACCGAGACAGUCAAGACCAUGUCGCGUCUGAUGUUCUUCACCCUCGAGAACGAUCGCGAUGCUAUGCUCGACCAGCAGAGGUUAGACGAAGCCGAGCGACGAGCGGAGGCCGAAGCAGAAGGACAUGCCAGUCGACAGAAUGCUGCCGCUCAGCAAGGCAGUCUCAGUAACACCAACCUUGGUGCUUCCAGCUUGACCCUGAAGAAUCUGAUCGAGCGAAUCGACAACCGCAGGAAUAACGUCAACGCCACGGAUGCUGAGAUCCGCGCAUUGCUAAGUGAGGUGCGGAAGAACAGGAGCAAGUGGUCGAAUGAAGACAAAGUCGGUCAGGAGGAGUUGUACGAUGCCGCAGAGAAAGUCCUCAACGAGCUCAAGGCUAUGACAGAGCAUUCCGCCCCCUUUCUCAACCCAGUCAAGAAGAAGGAUGCGCCAGACUACCACCACAUCAUCAAGAAUCCCAUGGAUCUUGGCACUAUGACCAAGAAGCUCAAGAACUUCACCUACAAGUCAAAAAGGGAGUUCGUCGAUGACCUAUAUCAGAUCUGGAAGAACUGCCUGAAGUUCAACAGCAGCCCUGAUCAUAUUUUCCGUAAGCAUGCCCUGUACAUGCAGAAGGAAACCGACAAGCUGGCGCCAUUGAUUCCGGAGAUCGUUAUCCGUGACCGAGCAGAGAUCGAAGCCGAAGAAAGGCGACAGCAGAUCGCCAACGGCGAGAUCGACGACGGUGCAGAGGAGAGCGAUGAUGAGCCCAUAAUGGCGUCUCGCGGUCGGAAGGCGCCCAAGAAGAGCGCUCAGAAGGGCACCAGUACUGCGAGAAAGUCAAUACCGGAGUCAACACCUCUACCCGACACGAAGCCUGUAAACACAGCGUUGAACUCGGUACAGGACUUCCGUGCAGAGUCGGAAAUUGACGGCAGUCAAGGUCAUUCCACGCCGCCCCCGGGCACUUUGACGCCUGUCGGAGCGGGACACGGAUCGGUGCUGGGUGCUGGCAGCGAGGCCCCUGAUAUGGAUCUCCCGGCGUUGCCGACCACUCAGACAGCUGUUCCGGAGUACGAAGACGAGGACUACAAGCUGUGGAAGCAAAAGACGAAGAAGGACCGCGCAAUGCUUGCCGCUGCCAGGCACAAGAUGUUCCGAGGAGACAAGCUCAAUGCCGAUGAGGAGGCACUCCUCCGGUCUAAAUCUGGCAUGAGGCGAUGGCAAAGGAUUCAGCAAGAGGCUGCAGCCCUCGAUGCUGCACAAGAAGGCGACGAGUCUCGCAACAAGGCAUCCACUUCGCUGUCGGAAGGUCUCGAGGCCGAAGAGGAAACGAUGCUGCCUGACUACUACGACUCAUUGGCCGCGAUCCCGGACCUCGAUCCCAAACUCAGGUGGGAGCGCGAUAACACUGGGCAGGUCGUCGUCCAAUUCGAGGAAUAUCUCCGCCUCUUCCCAGAAGGACAGUUCAAAUCGCCCGAGUCGACCUUCGCCAAACGUAUUAAUGCAAACAUUGCGCAGAUGCAAGACACGAAGAAGAUCGUCUCCAAGAUUGGUGUUGUCAAGCAGAUGCAGCUUCAGACACAGACAUACCAGAACCAGUUCAGCAAAUAUCAGCCCGAACCAUUUCACGAGCAGGACAUCGAGAAACACGUCCAGUCCGAAGAUGGACCCAUUAUGGCUCCCUAUGUCUGCAAAGCCGCGCUGCAAAGGGCCGUUGGCAAGAUUCUAUUCACGGCUGGUUUCGAGGAGUACCAGCCCGGCGCCCUGGACGUGAUGACUGACCUCGCAGCUGAUUUCUUCCGCCGCCUCGUCUCCACUAUUGUCACCUACAAGCAUCAACAAGCCAUGCCUAUUCUCCCACCUGCCCAAUCAGUCGUCGACCCUUCGAAACAACGUCCCACGAUGACCAACGAAGAGAUCAUUCUCCUCACUCUGCACGACAACGGCCUCAGCCUGACCGACCUCGACCUAUACGUCAAGGAAGACACCGACCGCCUCUCCACGAAACUUACCACCAUGCACGAGCGCAUGAAGGCACACCUCGCGGACCUCUUGCGGCCCGCUCUCAACGACGACACCGCUCAAGGCCAGGGCACCUUCACUGACGGUGGCGAGCAAUUCGUCAGCGGUGACUUCGCUGAAGAUCUCGGCGAAGACUUCUUCGGCUUCCGAGAAUUAGGCCUCGUGGGAGAACUCGGCCUUGAUUCCCUUACCGUACCCUUCCACAUCCUGCACGGCAGGCUCAACAUGGCGGCCCGCCAGGACGCGUCGACCAGUAUCAUCGACGGGGAGAAAUCGUUCAAAGACCCACCGCGCUGGGCCAAGGUCAACCCCGACAACGUUGACGAAAUCGUUGGCAUCGCAAGGGGAUGGUUCCAGAAGAAGGUCGCCGAAAACGGUGGCGAUCGACCUCUGCUGGAAGAUUACGAGCUGCCGCCGAAGCAAAGGCCGGGGUAUGGGCGGCCGCGGGUGCCGGCGAGUGGGAAGAUUGGGGAAGGUAGGACGAAUGCUAGUCCACAGAAGAAGCAACCUAUCAAGGCGCCGCCGAAACCGAUCAGCAAGGAUGGGAAGAAGGGCGGUGGGAAGCAGAACGGUGCGGCGGACAAGCAGGUGAAUGGCAUCGACGUCGAUGGCGAUGAUGAGCCGGUGCCGAUGAUGAAUGGCGUGCACACUACCAACGGUGACACAGCACCAGUCGAUGCUGAUGCAUCUGAAAGUAACGGUGCUACGAACGAGUCGCCAGAGAAGACCAAGCCAGUCUCUAGCACAAAGGGCAAAGGAAUCACCACCUCUGGCAGCACAGCCGAGAACGCCGACACCGACGCAGACGACACAGCAGCAGCAGGCGGCGCUGUCAAACCCGCCGUCCUGAACGGGGAAGGCGCCAUGAUGAGCCCGGAAAGCCUGUAG